GCGCUCUUCCGUCGGGGGAAGAAGAGGAAGGAGCCUGAGCUGAGAGGGCUUCCGGUACACGGUGGACACAUCGGCUUUUGAGAGGACAACUCCGCUCGGACAGACACUGGGAGCGGCUUUGCCCAAACACACGGUUCUUUUCCAUUGUUUAACAGUUUUGGAGCUGGUUUUUAGGGGCGGCUUCAUGCGCGUUUGGAGCGGUACCGGAGGUGGAGGGCACUGAUCGUUGGGCCGGGUGUCACAGCAGCAGUGUGGGGGCCAAGCUGACGGGAAAAUGCGGUCAAUUUCGUGGAGGAUUUGGCCUGCUCUGGUGCUGCUCCUGUUGCCCGCUGGUGUGGCGUCUCAAGCAGAGGCCUCCUUCCUGAACACAUGGCAGGAAUUCUGGCUCUUCCGGUUCCUGGUGAACGUGCUUGGAUACUCCACCAUCAUCAUCCCAGGAUACCUGCUCAUCAGAUACUUCAAGCGCUCCAACUAUUUAGAAACAGGCAGUGGACUUUGCUUCCCCGUCAUAAAGGCCUGCGUGUUUGGAAACGAAGCCAAGGCCAGUUUGAUAGACGACGUUUCGGCCCCGUCUCGCAAUGACCCAGACUCGGGUUCCUCCGUCAAGCAGAUCAUUAAGCUUCUGGUGUGUGCGGCUGGACUGCAGGCGUCCUACCUAACAUGGGGUGUCCUCCAGGAGCGCGUCAUGACCCGCUCGUAUGGCUCCCAGUCCACAGAGGAUGAGGGCGAGCGCUUCAAGGACUCUCAGUUCUUGGUGUUUAUGAACCGCAUCCUGGCUCUUACUGUGUCCGGCCUGUGGUGCCUGGUCUUCAAACAGCCUCGACACGGCGCACCCAUGUACAAGUACUCCUUUGCCUCGCUCUCCAACAUCAUGAGCAGCUGGUGUCAAUAUGAAGCACUCAAGUUCAUCAGCUUCCCUACGCAAGUCCUGGCCAAGGCGUCCAAAGUCAUCCCUGUCAUGCUCAUGGGGAAAAUCGUAUCCAAAAAGAGCUAUGAAUACUGGGAAUACCUAACCGCCGUGUUGAUUUCACUAGGCGUUAGCAUGUUUCUUCUCUCAAGUUCGACCAACAAGCACCCAUCUACAGUGACGACGUUCAGCGGAGUGAUCAUUUUGGCCGGGUACAUAGUGUUCGAUAGUUUCACGUCCAACUGGCAGGAUAACCUUUUCAAAUACAAGAUGUCCUCUGUGCAGAUGAUGUUUGGAGUCAACCUCUUCUCCUGUCUCUUUACUGUGGGAUCGUUGCUGGAACAGGGUGCAUUUUUCGAAUCUCUCUCUUUCAUGGUACGACAUUCAGAAUUCGCUUUUCACGCCGUUUUGCUAUCCGUGUGCUCAGCUUGCGGUCAGCUGUUUAUAUUCUACACCAUCAACCAGUUCGGGGCAGCAGUGUUUACGAUUAUCAUGACGCUACGCCAAGCUAUUGCCAUCCUCCUCUCCUGUUUCCUCUACGGACACGCGGUAACGCUUGUUGGAGGUUUUGGCAUUUUUACUGUUUUCCUGGCGCUGUUUUUACGAGUGUACGCGCGGAGUCGCAUGAAGGCUAGCCGCAGAUCAGCUCAGCCCAUGGCACAAAAGGUGUAAAAAAAAAUACUAAAAAGUGAACUCAAGCCACGUUUUUGGUGGCAUCUUCCCUUCUUGUUUUGCGGUUUUAUUUUGUUACUUUUACGGUACAAAAAAGGGAUUUUAUGUUAGUGGAAAAGGUCAAUGUGCUUUUUAAGGAGGAGUUUGAGUGCCUGAAAGUUAAAUGCUUCUUCAAACAUAGAUUUUGGUUAUUUACAUUUGCAUAUUUUAAUUUAAUUUUAUAAAUUUCACAUUUGUCCUUAUCAGUUGGCCUAUUACAAAUGAUCAGUCAUUCAUACGAACAACAAGUUUCAGUUUAAUAGUUUAAAUAGGCUUGGAGAGACAUAUUAUGUUAAAGCUUUUAUUGCUUUGAACCGUGCAAUAAAUGAACUGUUAUUA